UCACACCCAAAGUUUCAUCAAACACUUAUAUUCCUUUCUUUCCCAUUACACAUACAAUGAGUAGUUUCGGAGGAGGUGAUGAACGCAGGUUCCAACCUCACCAGCUCUUCCUCUCCAAGAGGCUCCGCCCGGUCGACAUCCCGCCUCGAAAACUCCUCUCUCGGCGCGCGGCCAACCUGGAGAUCCCUGUGUACCCGAGGCUCGACGAGGAGACCCCUCUUGCGAAAUUCCUCCCCUGCAAUAACCGAGAUGAGGAGGAUGAGGCUGAUGUCUACUCGGCGGAUCAGUUCCGGAUGUUCGAGUUCAAGGUGCGCAAGUGCACUCGGAGCAGGAGCCAUGACUGGACCGACUGCCCCUUUUCACACCCUGGUGAAAAGGCCCGGAGGAGGGAUCCGAGGAAGUUCAAUUACUCCGGUGUCGUCUGUCAGGAUUUUCGCCGUGGCAUGUGCCCACGCGGAGACCGCUGUGAAUACUCUCACGGCGUCUUCGAGUGCUGGCUCCACCCGGCUCGUUACCGCACCCAGGCUUGCAAAGACGGGAGGAGCUGCACCAGGAAGAUCUGCUUUUUCGCUCACACCUCUAAACAACUCCGCAUUUUGCCUCAAGACUCAGCCAAUGGGCAUCACUUCUGCCCUCAUAGCCACUGCUCAUCUCUUUCCCCAAACUCUACUCUGAUGAGAAUGCCUGAUGGGUCCCCUCCGGUCUCCCCCUCGCUCCCUAUGGGCGCCUAUCGUCCCACUCGGGGCCAGAUGGCACUCGCGGAACUCGCUGAACUCAAAAAGCGCCAUGGCUCAGGCUACAAAAAGGAGCUUAUAAAGCUGUUUCAGUCACUCAAUUUGGAUGAAAAAAAUUCAUCUACUGGCCGUCCCAAAAACAGGUUGUUUGUGGAUGUGUCUAAACUCCAUGAUCAGGUUCCCAUGUUCUUCUCUCCGAGCUCCUCCGAAUCGAGCUCGUCUCCAUCGGAUCCGAGCUCUUCCGGAUCAUCCCACUUCUCAAAGAACAACCUUGAUUUAACUGAAGAGAACGGGACAUCAGGUGCACCUGAUCUCGGAUGGGUCCAUGAGCUUUGCGACGACUGGAACAAUUAAUUAAUUGACGGAGAAAUAUUUUAAAUAUUAUUGUUAUUAUUAUGUGAAUGUCUGCGAAGUUGGUGAGGUCCAAGUCAUGAUUAUACAUAGGGGAUGAGAAAGUGUGAUUAUUGUUUUCUGAUUGUUUAAAUCAUUGCUUCGAGUCUGUUCCUCCUGCCAAAGGAGUCGAGCAUUAAAUUGUUGCCCAUUGUUAUUGUCUUCUUAAAGUUUGUAUCUUGUUAUCAAGUCUCGAGUCUGUUCCUAAGAUGUGCUAAAUGUCGUCUGUGAAUUAUGAGUCCAGAGUGAUCCAUGUACAACUAUAAUUCAAGUAGUGUUUGUCUUUAAAUUUAUGUUCUUGUGUAUUUUGGUUC